GCAUCGCGCUGCCCCGGACCCUCCCGCGGGCGCGCACCGGGCUCAACUCAGGCUCAGGACUGCAGGUGGACAUCCACUGCCCAGGAAUCAUUGAGUGUGUGGACAGGACAGCCUCUUUGGAAGGCCAGCUAUACUGGAGUUCCGCCUCGGCAUGGGCCUUGCCACUGAGCCAGCCCCGUGGUCUGGGCUGGUCUGAGGGUGCUGCCUGUCAUGGGGGCAGCCAUCUCCCAGGGGGCCCUCAUUGCCAUCGUCUGCAACGGCCUUGUAGGCUUCUUGCUGCUGCUGCUCUGGGUCAUUCUCUGCUGGGCCUGCCAUUCCCGCUCUGUGGACAUCGACUCUCUCUCGGAAUCCAGUCCCAACUCCAGCCCUGGCCCCUGUCCUGAGAAGGCACCCCCGCCUCAGAAGCCCAGCCAUGAAGGCAGCUACCUGCUGCAGCCCUGAAGGCCCCUCGCCUAGCCUGGAGUCUGGGGCCUAAGUCUGCCCCACCCAGAGCCUGGAAUCAGGAUCCCAGGGUCUAGCCAGCCUGGGGUCCAGAACCCAGAGUCCAGCCUGUCUGGAGCUGGACCUAGCAGCCCAGAGUCUAGCCGGUCUAGCCCCACGAGGCACUCUGGUGGCCCUUCGUACAGGCCUGGGGUGGGGGUUCAUGAGUUGGUGCUAGGGCCAGGGCCAUCUUGACUCUGCUCCAUACUAAGGGCCAGGGACUGGGGCUACCUUUCCCUAGGCCAAUUGCCUCCAGGCCCUUGAGGUUGGGGAAGCAAACUGGAAUCCAUGGCAAUAAUGGGAGGGCGUCCAGGCUGGGCCCCUCCUCGGGUCCUCCUACUGUUUGCUGGAUAAUAAAUGGAACUAUGGCUCUACCCUGA